UGUGAAUGAACAAAUUUGGCGCUGAAGCAACGUUUUGUGCAAUCUGACGAUCUGAUCAAUCCAAGGGCUGAUACUUGUCUCGUGUUGUGCUGGACGGAGAUUGAGGAUCCGGACUGACACUGUAACCUCCUCGCCGCCGUCGCAAUUAAGAUCCAUGUGGUUGUGAAGCGGAGCAGCCGCAAGGCAGAAGAGGCCGUCAUCGUCAACGUGAUCUUCGAUCCAACAACCCACCAGAGAUCCAAUCCAAAUCGCUCGCUGGAAUUCAAUCAAUCAAUUUCAUUCACAAUCCAGCUACUUCUUCCUCCUGCUGCUGCUGCUGGCUGCUUCUUCUCUACUCCCUUCCUUCCAGAGGAAGGAAUUGCUUGCAGAUGUUGUAGCUAAGUUCGAAGCUAGCCGAUGCAGGACUGGUGAUGUAGAGUCACUCAGCCGAGAUGGCGUUCGUAACUAAGAUUAAAUGGGUUGUUCUUUCUGUGGUCACUUUAUCUGUGGCUUCUAUCAUCAUUCAUCUGUCUUUGGCAAAGCUAUGGACUGUUAACAUGGUGCAGUAUAGAGCAAUGCCUGUUCUUCAUGAAGAUUUUGCUUCCACGUUGGGAAGACAGGGUGUAAGGAAUAAAAAGCUGUGGGAUUCCAUAAAGUCUUUGGAGGGAUUGCAGCCAAACGCCAAUGCAAGAAGCAAUUAUUCUGUUCCAAAAGAACAGAGUAAUGGUUUCAUUUAUGCCAAAGUUUAUGGUGGGUUUGCAAAUAUAAGAUCAUCGAUCUGUGAUCUUGUUGCCAUAUCUAGGCUUUUGAAUGCUACUCUUGUCAUUCCAGAAAUUCAAGAAAGUACUCGCUCAAAAGGAAUUAGCUCAAAGUUCAAGAGUUUUUCCUAUCUUUAUAAUGAGGAGCAGUUCAUAGCAUAUCUCAAAAAUGAUCUAAUUAUUACAAAGAGCCUGCCUGAAAGUUUGAUAGAAAGAAGAAAAAGAAAUGAGUUUCCUACAUUUAAGCCCACAAGUUCAGCGUCUCCAAACUUCUAUGUCAAAGAAGUCUUACCAAAGUUAAAGAAAUCGAAGGUUGUUGGAAUAAUUAUUGCCAGUGGUGGAGCUCUGCAGUCAGCACUCCCACCUACCAUGGCGGAGAUUCAGCGGCUAAGAUGCAGGGUUGCUUUCCAUGCCCUUCAAUUUCGUCCAGAAAUUCAAAUGCUUGGCCAUCGGAUGAUUCACAAGUUAAGAGGGUUGGGGCAACCGUUCCUAGUAUACCAUCCUGGCUUACUGAGAGAAACGUUGGCAUACAAUGGUUGUGGAGAACUUUUUCAGGAUGUACACACUGAACUCAUCCAACAUCGAAGGGCUGAAAUGAUAAAGGAAGGAAUUCUUAAGGAGGAAUUGAAUGUGGAUUCAUACUUGCGAAGAGAUAAAGGUCUAUGUCCCAUCAUGCCUGAAGAGGUUGGCAUUCUCCUUCGAGUAAUGGGUUAUCCUUCCAAAACAAUCAUAUACCUGGCUGGCUCUGAAACAUUUGGAGGUCAACGUGCUUUGAUUCCUUUACGGUCCAUGUUUAUCAAUACCCUGGAUCGCACUUCCUUGUGCAGUGACAAAGAGUUGUCUGACUUGUUUGGACCUGAAAGUCCUCUUCCGCAAAAUAGUUCUUGGCCACCUCCUGCAAGAAGUGAGGCAGAACUUAAAGAAGAAUGGAAGAGGGCUGGUCCUCGGCCUAGGCCUCUUCCUCCACCUCCAGAUAGACCAAUCUACCAGCAUGAAAAAGAAGGCUGGUAUGGUUGGAUCACUGAGACCCCUACAGAGCCUGAUCCUUCACCUAUGGAUUUGAGGAUGAGAGCACACAGGUUACUUUGGGAUGCGCUUGAUUACAUUGUUGCUCUGGAAGCAGAUGCAUUCUUUCCUGGAUUUAACAAUGAUGGUAGUGGAUGGCCAGAUUUUUCAAGCCUUGUCAUGGGACAUCGACUGUACGAGACUGCUUCUUCUAGAACAUAUCGACCGGACAGGAAAGUUGUUGCGGAGCUUUUCAACAUGACCCGUGAGAAUUUGUACCAUCCUAAACGCAAUUGGACAAUGUUAGUGCAGGAACAUCUUAACAAGAGUACAACUGAAGAAGGCUUCAUUAAGCAAUCUCUCUUGUCAAAACCAGUAAUGUUCCUUUCACAUCCACUUCCAGAAUGCUCUUGUAGAAUGUCUUCUGCCAAGGCUGCUAAACUUGUCAAAGGUGAGGGUGGCCAAUUUCUAUAUGGAGGUGAAGACAUAUGCCCCAAGUGGAUGCAGCAUGCUAAGGAGGCAGGUUCAUUGGGUAAAGAAAGUGCCAAAUCCGAAGACGAUGGGCUGCCAGAUUAUGAAAGCAAUGAUUUUCUUAACGAGUCCGAGGAUGACAAAAAUGGUGGCAAAAUCAAUCAGACUUCACUUUGGGAGCAAGAUGAGGAAAUGGAUCCAAAUGACUAAAAGCGGAUGUGCAUAUCAUAACCAUAGUUUAUACAGCAUCCAAUUUUCCCGUAAUUUAAGAGGUAUAGAUACAUGCUCCAGCGACAUACAUGUCUCAAUGCUAUCUUUGCUGGGCAUAUGGGUGUUCAAAUCUAUUCUUUCAUUGAUUUUAGGUUAUUUUUCCAUGGACAAAGGGAACAUAAUUCUUUUUUUUUAAUCUUUAUCUUUUUUUUCACUUUAUACUUAACACUUCCACUGGAAUUUUUGUUGUAACAUACACAUUAUAAAAAGAAGAAAAAAAAUAGAUCAGUCACCGGCUUAACUGGAGCACAACAGAUGAAGUUCGAAGAAGAUUAUGUGUUUAGAGUUUACUUGUGGUAUAUAUGGCUGCGGUUCAAUUGCUUUUGUUC